GGGGAAGAUCUACGUAUACUGCACAUGACGUUGCUCCAUAUUUUUGUUGAGCUGAUGACCAACCUAUUUAAUGCCUUCAAAUUUCCAGAGUCCGAGGAGAAUCAAUAUAUAAUGAAGUGUAUCAUGCGGGUUCUUGGGGUAGCAGAAAUACACCUAUUGUGAUGCGUGUUAUUCUUGCAUCAAUCCGUGGGACUGUGAUGGAGCUUGGAAAUACACCUAUUGUGACUUCUAGGCUAGUGAUGCAACUCUUGGCUGAGUCCAAGUUCAUUGAAGUGGACAACAGUUUUUGCGAGGAUCGUGCCCUCUUGGAAAGAGACACUGACAAAGACGGGAAGGUUAACUUUAAAGAAUUUUUUCAUGGGCUUUUUGACAUGGUGAGGAACUAUGAUGAAGAAGGUCACCAUUCUUCACAUCAAUUUGAUGAUUCAAUGGAGGCCCCAGCAAAAAAAUUGUUUGCUCAGCUUGACAAAGAUGGUGAUGGAUACUUGUCAGAUGUAGAACUAGUACCUGUUAUAGGGAACAUGCUACUAUUCAUCAAAAUGUUAUGGAACACAUGCUGCUGUGGUGCUUUUGUUGGUCACAGCACUGAUGGAUGCUAGAGGUCUGUAAGGGAAAUUGUUUCUAUGGGUUUGGGUGGUCAGUGUUGGGUGUAUUGGUGGUGAAGGUUAACUAGUUUUGGAAUGCAAAAGUGUUAAUAAUUACUGGGUCAUCGUGGAAGGUUUUAGUAAUGGAGGCAAAGUUGGUUUCUGUUUAUGAAGGGUUGUUGGAGAUCAUGAGAAUGGUCUUGCCGUUUUAUUUGUUCAGCAAUAGCACCUACCAAUGGCAUACGUGCUGAUUGAAUCUUAAAUAUUGUUGGAUGUGGUGGUGUUCCUAGAAAUGGGCCUGAGGUGGCUGUACUGCACUAAUCAUGAUUAGUAGCCUAAAAUGGUAGUGUAAUCAUGAGAAUGGUCUUGCCGUUUUAUUUGUUCAGCAAUAGCACCUACCAAUGGCAUACGUGCUGAUUGAAUCUUAAAUAUUGUUGGAUGUGGUGGUGUUCCUAGAAAUGGGCCUGAGGUGGCUGUACUGCACUAAUCAUGAUUAGUAGCCUAAAAUGGUAGUGUAAUGAGCUCAGUAAAAAUGUUUGUCUUGGUGGUGGUGCUUUUGAAGGUCAUGAUGAGGUGUGGUCAAAGACUCUGAUGUGUUGGCUAGUGGUGGUUGUAGGAUAGGUGGUCAUGGUGAUAGCAUAUGCAUGGUCUUGGAGUUAAGAGAUGCUGGUGGUUGCAGUUGAGUAGCUAUGGUUUUGGUUGUGCUA